GUGACAGAGAAGCGGCCGUGUGUGUGAUGUCUGUUUAAGUUGGUUGGAGUCGUGUAUGAGCUGCCGUCCGUUGUGGUAGUAGCAUUCAGUUGGAAGCAGCAGCAGCAGAAGCAACAGUAGUAGUCUAUUUCGUAUAUAAGUUAUAUGUGUCUUGAAGUGUGACUGGGCCAUUUAGUCUCAUCGGGCGGGAGUUGGAACAGCUGCAGUCGCGCAAAGCUAAAUUCUAAAUUUAGUUUCAGUGGUUGGCGCACUCCGAAUCUACGUAGAUUCUGUCUGUACUAUCCAGUCCACAUUUCCCACACACGUGCUACUUAUCUAAGUGUAUUAUGGAUUCAAGCCUACUCGGGGUAUUUACUUAAAUCGAGAGAAUAAGGCUGGUGCUGGUGCGGAGAUUCGAGAGCUGUGCGUGAUAUCAAAUAGAGACAUAUGCGAGAUCGCCGGACCAACUUUACCAAAGAGUAUAUAAACAAUAUUGUAAACCCCCUAGGAAAUCGUCCAGAUCCAUUUGGGAGUCGCGCAUCGAGAGCCACGGAGGCCCAAGGCGUUGCUCGUGCAACAACAGAGCGUGUGGUCGAGCCUAGCAUCAUCACGACCACCAUCACCACAGCCGCCACAGCCACGAUAUCCACGGCCCAGGAGUCGCCGACCGCCGCUGCCACCGCCGCCGCCGCAGCCAUGCUUAUGCAGAACGCAGUGCCGACGUCGGAGGGCGAGAGCCUAGGCCUCAGCCUGCUGCCCAGCGCACUUAAUGGUACGGCCGUCCAGAACAGGGACACCACCUGGACCAAGCUCUUUGUAGGAGGCUUACCUUACCACACCACAGACCGCUCUCUACGCGAACACUUUGCUGUCUACGGCGAUAUCGAGGAAGCUGUGGUAAUCACCGACAGGGCGAAUGGAAAAAGUAGAGGAUAUGGUUUUGUUAUUAUGGGCGACCGAGCGUCAGCGGAGCGAGCAUGCAGAGAUCCAAAUCCUAUCAUCGACGGCCGCAAGGCCAACGUGAACCUGGCCAUCCUAGGCGCGAAACCUAGAGGCAACGUUCAAACCGGAUUUCAGUUUCCUGGUGUCCGGACCAGCUACCCUACUCUGAUGCCCAGCCAAUAUGGAAUGCCUGGAUACAUGUACCAGUCGCCGUACUUGGCGGCAACCGCCCCCGGCAGCUUGAUGCCGCUACCAGCGACCCAGCUAUCCCACGCGGCUGCCAUCGCCGCCACCUCACAGUUUUAUGAGUACCAAAAUGCAGCCGUGAUGGCGGCAGCUGCAGCUGCACCCUACACGGGACAAUACCCAAACGGGUUCGAAGCUUACUCCCCGUACGCCACCGGAGCAGCAGGUACAACCAGCUAUAUGCCCUAUACUUACGCGACUUUGCCGCAGACACCAAGUUUACCAGCAGCGACUGCAGGAGCCUUCCCAGGACUUCCUUACCAGGCUGCUGCAGCUCAAGCUCCCACAAUGCAAGAAGCAAGGUUGCCUUAAACCUCUUUUUUAAAAUUUUAUUUAUUCAUCGAAUAAUUGACGAAUACUUUUGACAAACUUAUAUAUAUAUUUGUAUAUAUAUAUAUUAAAAAUACACACAUGUAUGUAUAGAAAAAAAUACAUAUGUAUGUGUAUAUAUAUAUAUAUUUAAGAAUAAGAACCAUCCCUUACGUGCAAAGAAGUUAAAGUGUAGAAAAUUACAAAGAUAUUACUGGAAGAAAAAAGACAAUUUUAUCAAGGGAUGAGUGCAUAACAAAUAUUCUUUGCUCAAGCCGCGUUGACUUUGUUACAUUUCUUCAUAUUAUUUUUUUCGACAAAAUUUUAAAUUCAUUUAAUUUAUUAAUAUAAUCAAAAACUAAUAGUAUACUUUCCAAGUUAUAUUCAUACGUAAAUGCACAACGCGACUAUUAUUUCUUUAAAUUAUUUAUAAAAUAAGCAAACAGAUGGCUCUGCAUAGUUUCCGCAAAAUGGUUUUUGUUAUGUUGCGGAAACCGUACGUUCAAUUCCUAAGUAUA